AUGAUAACCAAUACCUUUGCACAACCUGGCAGAGCGGCCGGUCUUACAAUGGAAGAAAUUACAGAUAAAGUUGUGCAGAGAAAUGCCACAGCAGAUGGUUUACAGUUACUAAAAAUAGAUGAGAGCAAUGACGUCCCGAUAAAUUGUCGCAAUCUUGUUGCACUUGUGAUAUGGCCAUUACAAGAUUUCCAUUGGUAUCGACUUGACAACAAUACACAAUUCUCACAUAAGCCAGGGCAAGGUAGAGUCAGAGACGGAGACGAGAAUUCAUGUUGCAUAGCAGAUCCUCGCAAAUGUAAUGUAGAUCCAUACACAUUCGUCACAUUCAUGAAAACUGACCCUGAACUGGUAUCCAUUGACUAG